CCCACACGUAGCACCUCGCCUCCACCUCGCCUCCUCGCCGCCGUCACCCGGUCGCCUCGGGGCAGCAGCAGCAGGCAGUUGUGUGUUGGCCAGUGAGGCUCGUGGUGGGUCUGCGAGUAGUGCUGGUGCUGGUGUUCCUACUCUCCCACUGUCCCACGCCCACGCCAAGGAUGAGAUUUGACUUCCUUCAUUAGCAGGGAACCCAACUACCUCAGCCCAUCUUGUGCUCAACACACACAAACACACACACACACACACACACACACACACACACACAGGUAUCCAACAACUGGAGAAAAAAAACAGGAUUAAUCUGAAAAUACACACUCUAGUUACCAAGAGACUACACAUCCACACAUCAACACAGACAAACACACAAGAUGGCUGUCUCAGGAAAGACAACCUCACAGACUCCUUCAAGCACGCCCUCUGUCUUCUCCUUCUUUCGCUACAUGCACAAGCCAACAGAUAGCGCCUGCAGCUUGUGGACGUCCUGGAUGUACUGGAUAAAUGAGACGAGGCCACCACCGCAACAAAACCUCAACGAGCAACACCUGGCCACCAAGAUGAAGCCUUCAGACCUGUCACCAAUGAACGACGACUUAUCCAGCCCGGACAGUUCUUUAGGCCUAGAGAAUGAGGAGCCGUCACCAACUACGCGGACCAGGAACUACUGCAGGAAGUGUGACAACUGUUCGUCAGGCACUACCCACGUCCACGCCCAGACGCCGAGCGGCGGUGAUUCUCCGACAGUGGAGGAGGAACAGAAUAACAACAACAACAACAACAAUAACAACAACCUUAACAACAAUGUCACCGCGGAGGAUACCAUGAACGCCAACGAGAAAGUGACAGUGAACCACGAGGUGGAGGGCGGCACGCAGCCCACCCGCAGCACCAGUGGGGAGGGGAAGGUGGACCUCGGGAUGAAGGAUGGGAAGGACUGCACCCUCGUGUCCCCUGAGAGCGGCGUGGACUCCCCGUGUGACAUGGACAUGACGGAGGAGAUCAAGACCCCGGAAGUGGCGAGCAAGAGAUCCAUUGCCGAGGUGCUGUCUCAGGUGGCCAAGAUGGAGCGCUCGUCCUCCUCCUCGGCCUCCGAGCCCACCAGGACCCCCGAGGCCCCGGACAUCGUGGCCUCCACCACCAAGGGGCGGCCCAAGGUGGCGGCGGCGGCCAGGCGCAGGGGCGGCGACAGUCACCGCAGCUCAGACGUGGCCACACUGGCCAUCCUGUGUCAGCACUACGCCCAGCUGGUGCAGGCUCUCAAGGAGGAAAACUACUUAUUGUCCUGCGCCCAGAGCCCCCUGCUGGCCACGCCCAAGAGUGGUGUGAGGGGUCUUGCGGGGGACACAGGCGGCAAGACCCAUCUGUCUGGGGGACCAGCAGGCAGAGGCAGGAGUCCUAAAGCGGUCUUCACGUGGGACUCUGACAUGACUCAGGAGCCAGGCCGCGGGGAUGAGAAGGACCGCGCGAGGAGUCUUCCCUAUCAACACUCCCGCGCCAAGUCAGAUUCCGCGGCGGGUGGUUCCCUCAGCAGCCAGCCGCGCCUCAAGCUGCACAGAAGUUGCUCCAACUCUCGGGACUACAUCAACAACAACAAGACACCAAGGCAGAGUCCCACUCGAGCACAGGACGACGAGUACAUAAAGUCUAGCGGGGACUUCCCACUCAAAGAGAGGCGUCACUGGGCACUCAAGCCGCUGCGAUCUUCAGCUUCCAAACACAGGAAGGAGCCGAAGUCACACCGCAAGAGUUCAUUUUCCUUCUUCAGGGACACGGAAAACAACGAGAACCUAAACGCAGAGAGCGGCAGCGAAUCCCCGAAGAUGGCCCGCACGCCGGCCGCCGCCCCGCUGCCCAGCCCCACUGUCGGGGUUCUGUCCACCAGGAUCAGCGAGAUGGAACUCAAGAUUGAGGAAAUACUGAUGCUGGAACCUGUAGACCUCAUGCUGCGGGAAAAUAGUCUGGACGGUUCGCCAGCUCGGCGAUCCGUGGGCAGUGGCGACACACUGCGAAGGUCCCAGAGAGGCAACUUCUACCGCCACUCCGUCAGGGAUAACCGCAGGGACCAGCAUCGCCAAGACACCUGUGACUCUGAGGAGGCGUGCGAGGAAGCGUGGCGGCGAGGCUGCACUGCUGGGGUGUCUGCUGCUGGUGGGGGUGGUGGAGGCAGCGGUGGCUGCGUUUAUCAGGCACUCUCCCAGGCUGCCCACGUGGAGGUGGACAAACUAAGGCAGCUUGUGCAUCUGCUUAAUACCAGGCUGACAGAGUUGAGUGGAAGGGUGCUGGAGGUGGAGGCGCGGCUGCGGGAGGAGCGGCAGAGGACGGCCAGCAUGGAGAGGUGUCUGGAGCGGCAGGGGCUCGAGACAGGGUGCAGAGGCAGCAGAAGGGGCAUUGAUGGUAACGGCAGGAGACACACACCAUCCUUCAUGGCUUGGACAGAUGCCACUUCAGAGAACCUCCUCAGGAACAAAGUGGACAUGGCUCGGGAGGAGAUUGAGCUUCUCAGGCAACACAUUGAUCUCCUCCUGCGCAUGCGUCAAGAGGACCUCAAAGUGUACGAGUCUACAGUAGACAAGUUCAGGCACACCAUAGCUUCAGGCAGCCAGUGGUAGGCUGGCCUCCAUAUCCAUGCCCAACAAAAGAUUCCUGACUUGCAUAUUUAACUGACUGGAUUACCUUCACUACCGACAUAUCUAGUCUUAGAAUCAAUGCAGGUGGAAGCAGAAUGACAGUAUGCAACAUCCAUCCACAUUCAUAGUUCCUCCAUGAUAACCAGGAAGGUAGCAUAAUUGUCACCGAGUGGCUCAUCAUUGGUCAGUGCAAUCUGGUACACCUGUAGAGGAGCACUUCAGCCCAUCAUGUCCCUCCUGUAUUACUCAGAGGUGACAUGCACUGCUAUGAAGUGCAACAUGAACAAAAAUGGACCAUCUACAGUUCAUCAGAAAAGUGGUGAACCAAUGGCCAGCUUACCCAUAUCAUGAUAACCAACACUUGCCAACUAGCGACACACAAUCAUGAGUUGCCUCACUCCUAGUGCCUGAGUUGAUCUAGAAUAUUACUAACCUUUCUCCUUACUGAUCUGCUCACAGGCCCGAAGGAAAUGGCAGCUCCUUGUAACUCAGCUCACAGGACAUGAUUGGGAAUUCUAAAAAAGAAUAUGGGUGUGAUCCAUUAUUACUAUUUUCUACAACUUUGUACUCAGUGCGUAAGGAUGGAUGAAUGUUUGUACAUAUCUUCUCCUCAGGGAAAGUAUAGUGGAGGAGUUGUGCUGUUAUGUCAUUCUAACAUUUUUUAAGUUUAUGUUGCAUAGUGAUCCCAGGAUAGCAAUGAAAACUUGCUUCCUCACUUUGUACUCAUUUCUGCUGAACAGUUUGUACUCCCUCACCUUAUGUUUGGUACAGUGUUGUCUUGGGCAUAAUACAACCAAAUAUAGAAUAUAAAGACUGAAUUUAUACAAAAGCCUGGAAAUCUUUAGUAAAAAUUUGUACUGUAUGAUGCUUAUUUAGGGACACAAAAUCAGUUUUAAUCAAAGAUAAUAAAAAUUAAAUUCAA